UGUAAUGACAUUGUAAUAACACACUGUGAUUGGAUACACAGGGAGAGUGCGCACAAUGCUGAGGUUGGGGCCAUAUUUGACAGGGUGCUGACGGAGCUCGUCAGUAAGAUGAGAGACAUGCAGAUGGAUAAGACGGAGCUGGGGUGCCUGAGAGCCAUCAUCCUCUUCAACCCAGACGCCAAAGGACUGUCCAGCCCCAGUGAGGUGGAGCUGCUGAGGGAGAAAGUGUACGCUUCCCUGGAGGCCUACUGUAAGCAGAGAUACCCCGACCAGCAGGGCAGGUUUGCCAAGCUCCUCCUCCGGCUCCCAGCCCUGCGCUCCAUUGGCCUGAAGUGUCUGGAGCACCUGUUCUUCUUCAAGCUGAUUGGCGACACCCCCAUCGACACCUUCCUGAUGGAGAUGCUGGAGGCUCCGCACCAGCUGACGUAGACGGAGUAGGAAGAGCCAGUCUUCGCCAAAAGGCGGGGCGCACCGUCGAGGACCCCCCCCAACACCCACCCUCUCGCCCGGCCCUGGAGCCACACCGUGUUUCGGGUUCCUGGCCUGCCCUGUGCUUUUACUUUUGUUUUCCUCUCUUCUGUUGAAGUAUUAAUAUUUGUCGAAGACGUCCGUGCUGUCAGAAAUACCAGCUUUCUUUUUCUUCCUUUUACUUAAAUGUUUGCGUCGGGGAUUCAGAGAAGAACGUGCUGUUAGUUUUUUUUUUUUUGUUUGUUUGUUUGUUUCCUGUUUUUUUUUAUUUUUUGGGCUGCAAACCAGCCUCCUCGCGAGUUCAGUGAGCCUCCCCUUCCCGCCACCUCGACGAGGUAAUGAGUGGCUUCCCCAAAGUCGCGGCAGUACCUCAGUUUUACCACUAGACGGCGGAAAAGGCACCGAUACCCGGGGCCCUGCCGGCAGAGCUGCACCUUGUCCUGACGUCGUCAGUUACUUGUGUGACGAUGUAGCCUUCGAUAUCUGGACUUCGUCUUCCUGUCGGAAGGGCUUGGUGGAACGUGAAAAAGAUUUUGCCCUCCUAAUCAGUGCACGUCGCCAGGACUGUGUGUAGAUGCGGGCCACCGACCACCAGGGGGCAGAUCUGUGCGCUGUGAGGCGCUCGCACACCAGCCACUCAUACCCACGAUGCAGCAAGGGUGCUGUUCCCUGAUUGGCUCAUGAGCAUGGAGAGUGUUCCUCUCCACCCCCCCCCCCCCAAACCCCACCGGAUUGGCAUCGCAGAGCAACUGGACAUCCUUCCAUUUAAAAAAAUGAAAAUAAAAAAGAUUUUUACCCAAUCGCAGCCUUGGGCGCUGUGAGCGGUAAUUCUAUGCUGUGCUCAUGAAAUGAGUGAAGAUUUUUAUUUUUUAUUUUUAAGAGGCCUGCUGCAAUUCACUGAACGCAAGGGGGGGAGAGUUGGACGUUUUUCUGGGGGGUGGUGUGUGGUGCUACAGGGAGGGGAAGAAUUUACCGCAUAAUCCCAUGGCCUGGACUUCAUUUCCCAUCAUCCCCUUCAACAAAAAGAAGAUAAAUAUCAUUUUUUUUUAAAUGAAGGGCUUGCUCCCCCUUGCUCCCUCCAUGAUUUUAAAGACAUGACGGCUGUUACGAGCCCCCCCACCCCCCCUACCCCCCACCCCCCACCCCCCUCUGCUCCUCAGCUUCAAACCCUUGACUAGACGACCCCCCCCCCCCCCCCCCCCAGGGGAAUGAGGCGCGCACACCCUGGCCUCCUGGGGGGGGGAUUUCGGUUGUGGAAGGGGAACAGGGACCGGGUGAAGUGAGGAACAGGAGUUCUGGGACGCAGGUCACAGGGAAGGCCUCGCUGUGGAGAGCUGGGGGGGGGAGAUUUGGAGCGUGUACCUACACUCAUAUGUGCUCUUCCUCCAACACAGGAACGCUGGUCUAUGCAUAUAGUAAAACACGCAGGUGCACACGCACAAGCGCACAAACACACACAUGCACAAACGGGCACACGCACACCGGUGCACAUGUGCAGAAACAGACACGCACAUGCAGAAACGGGCACACACACACACACACACACAGGUGCACACAGACACGCACGUACAUGCAGAAACGCACAGACAUGCAUGCACAAGCGCGCAGACGCACAAACGCGCGCGCACACACGCACAUGUACAAACACGCAGACACGCACAUGCACAAACACGCAGACAUGCGCACACACGCGAAGGGAUAUUCAGACACAUGCGCGCGCGCACAAACGCAUGCACUCACGCAUACGCAUGUGCACGCACACACAAUGAUUAUGCAACCACACAGGUGUGUGACACUGAAGCUGAGGCGUAGGUAUGUAGGUGUGUCAUUCUAGUUUAGCUUUUCCCCUUCCCACUGAAGGACUCUUCAUCGAGGGGUCGGUCGUCACACAUUAGCCAUGGGGAAGCGAACACUCCCAUAUGUAAGCUAUACAUAGAAAAUACUGGGUGCUUUACUGGAGAGAUGUACAUUGUAUGGGUACAUACUAAAACAAAAACAGAAUAAAAUGUAAUGGAUCAACGUA